AUGGAUGAGAUGGAUAUAGACAAGGAUCUAAGCUUUCGCGGUGAGAGUACUAAUAAUGUUUCAAGUUUUCUUAAUGGGAAUUUCAGGACGAAGAUGGCGGCAGGCUCAUUUUACAUACCACGAUCUGACAAAGCGCCUCUCGGGGAAGAUGCACAUUUUACCAUAGGUGUAGCAGAUGGCGUUGGUAGCUGGGCCAAAAAGGGAAUCGAUUCUGGAGAAUAUUCGAGACAGUUGGUUAGAAACGCUAAAUUAUCGAUUCAGAAGCAGAAAGAUCAAAGGAACAAAAUUCACCCAGUGGAAGUUCUCAAAGAAGCUUAUUUUAACACAAAAUGUCAAGGUUCGUCAACAGCUUGUAUUUUGACUUUAGCGUGUGAUACUAUACACGCGGUCAACGUUGGUGAUAGUGGGUUUGUUGUUAUAAGAGACGGGGACAUAGUUUACAAAUCAGAAAUUCAACAAAAAGGAUUCAAUUAUCCCUUUCAGUUAGGGAAUGGUGUUAAAUUAGAUGAUCCAAGUGUGGCACAAGAAAUUAAAGCUACAGUAAGAAUAGGGGAUGUGAUAGUGAUGGCUACAGAUGGAUUGUUCGAUAAUGUUCACAACCAUGAGUUGGAGAAAUUAGUACACGACGGGCUAGUGGAUUUGCGCAAACUGGAAACAUUUUCGAAGAUGUUAGCACAGAAGAUUGCAGAAUAUGCCCUGCAGAAAUCAGAAAGUAAAACUCUUUAUACACCUUUUACUGAAGAAUGCUCCAAAGCUAACAAAUAUCGUCCUGGUGGCAAGCGUGAUGACAUUACAGUGAUUGUUGCCCAUAUUUUACCCCGAUAG